AAUAUCGUGGACAAGGCCGUUUUGUUGCAGUAAUUUAUAUUUCUGUGCACGGAGUUUUCCCUAAAGCGUAUUGUUCUAAACAGAUUAUUGGCAGACUGGCUAGCAUUCCGAAGCGACUUUAUUCAGCGCAAUUGCAACAUUUGUUAUGCAUAGGUAACAGAGAAAGCGACGAGUGUAGAUUAUGUUAAUACAAUGACAAAUUGGGGCAUAUGGCAGUUUUUCUUGUUUUUGGAGACAUGGCUUCUAUGUUUCACUCUUUCGGGAGCAGACGCUACCGGGAGAGGACACACAUCAUUCAGUCACGCUCGGCGGGAGCAUAUCAGUAUUGAAAGCAGGUACAAAUUCUCAAACAUCAGUCAUCAAGUUCUGCAAACGCAGUUACGAACCGUAACUUGGAGACCCAAACUGAGAAAACCUUUGAAACUGAAUCAAGUAGAGGAUGAGACUACACGAAGGAUCCCACCGAGGAAAGUAGUUAUUGAUUUGAAUGGGCCGAACGUUUGCGGCUCCAGGUGUUGCCAUGGGUGGACAGUGGCCCCGAAGAAAGGACAAUGCACAAAGCCAAGGUGCUACCCCCGCUGCCACAACAGGGCGAUCUGUCGGAAGCCCAACGCCUGCGAGUGCCGUGCUGGUUUCCAUGGCUACCGCUGCGAGCACGCCACCGGCGUGACCUCUGACCCCCCCGUCGCUGCUCUGUCCUGGGCCCACCAGGUGGCGCCCACCUCCCCCUCACCUCUGACCUCCACCACCCCCGCCAUGCCCACUGCCACCAGCCCCGCCACAACUGGUGCCGCCACGGUGACCCCCAGCCCGAGCGGCCAGACCACCCAGUCAGGGCUGGCCGAGGGGUCGCCCACGAGCGCCAGUGCUGAGAGAGAGGAGAACGCCCUCCGCUGGAAAACCCCCUUGGCACUGGAGGCCCAGAGUGUGCUCCUGAAGAAGACUCUGAGCAGUGUUGUGAAGGGGAGGAAGAUGUCCAGCCUGCUGAUGAAGCACAUUGAGGCCGAGCGCAACAAGCUGCUCUGCUCUACGCUGGACACACACACACCCACCUCCAGCACCAAGACCUUCCACACAGAGCGCGGCCAGUACACACUCAUUAUGAGCUACGAGCCUGCCUCCAGCCAGGGCGCCGCUCGCGGAGGAGGCAGCAGUGCACGAGGAGCGUCGGGCCGGACGGCCGAGCGGAUCAAGGUCCUCUUCACGCCGACCAUAUGCAAGGUGCGCUGCGUCGGGGGACGCUGCACCAACUUCUGCGAGCGCGGCAACGUCACCACCCUCUACAACAGCCAGCAACCCGCGCCCGGACAUGGAUUCAGAGUCUUCCUGUGUCCCAUGCUGUGUCAGAAUGGGGGGGUCUGCAUCCAGAAGGACCGCUGUCUUUGCCCCUCCACCUUCACCGGAAAGUUCUGCCAGAUCCCUGUCCCGGCCUCCACCAAUGACAUCGAGAAGCCGGCCCCCGCUGGGUCUCUCGCGUCCACCAACCCCCAGCAGCUCACGCAGUCCGAGUACAUUCUGCCCCUCCAGAGCCAACAGGCUGGACAGACCAACGGAGCCGGGAUGGUGAAGGUGCGCGUACAGCACCCUCCGGAGGCCAGCGUGAAGAUCCACCAGGUGCUGAAGGUGGGCUACGGGCCCGUCGCCCCGUCCCAGGAGCGUGCGGAGACCGUCACCUGGUCGUCAGGCACCUCGGGAGCCCGCAGCGGCCUGUUGCCAGGGGAACGGGCCCAGGCUCCUCCCCCUCAGGUGCGGGCGCAGACCAUCCGCGGUGACGCCACCUACACCGAGGCAUCAGGCUUCAAGUACUGCUUUAGGGAGGUCCGCAACGGACAGUGUAGUUCACCUCUGCCAGGCCUGAGGAGCCAGGAGACCUGUUGCCGUGGCAUCGGCAAGGCGUGGGGAAUCAGCGAGUGCACCAUGUGUCCACCCAACUCAGGUAAUGGUGUGAACAGAGAUGGCGGCUGUCCAUUGGGAUUUGAGAGGAUCAACAAUGGCUCUCAGUGUGUUGAUGUGAACGAGUGUUCACAGCCAGGCUUCUGUGACAACGGAAACUGUGUGAACACGCGCGGGAGCUACAGUUGCCUCUGCAAGCCCGGAUACUUACUGGACGCUUCCCAUGGGCUCUGCGUCUCCCAUAAUGUGAUCUCGGAGCAGAAGGACCAGUGCUACCGCGUGCUGGCGUCCGGCGCCUGCACUCUGCCCAUCCUGAAGAACAUCACCAAGCAGAUCUGCUGCUGCAGCCGCGUGGGCAAGGCCUGGGGCAAGCGCUGCGAGGCCUGCCCGUACUUCGGCUCAGCGGCAUUCAAGGAGAUCUGUCCAGCCGGGCCCGGCUACUACUACUCGGCCACCAACCUCAAGUUCAACCAGCGUCUGCUGGACCUCCACGGCACUGGAGGCCCACCCGUGGUCUCCCAGACUUCCAGCUCCGCCACCAGCGGCUCAUCAUCAUCCUCUUCCUCAUCUUCGUCAUCAUCUACGGGGGCCCAGACUCCCCUCACGAGGCCCCCGCACCAGCCGAGUGGCUCUGGCUCCCAGCCUGCCCAGUCGAGGCCCCACGGCGGCAGCGACAGUCUCCCCAGCGGCCACUCCAGACCCCAGCAGCCAGCCAGCGGGGGUGCCAGUGGAGCAGGAGCGGGUCAGGGCUCACGGCCUUAUCAGCCGACUGGCGCCGGAUCCGCUGGUGCCGGUGCCGGUGCUGGGUCCAGGCCUCAGCUCAUCCCCAGUACUGGGUCCAUUACUCCGCAAAGCAGACCUCCACAACCAGGGGGCACUGGGUCACUUACUCCCCAGACUAGGCCAAAGCAGCCUGGGGGUACGGGUUCUCUCACUCCCCAGACUAGGCCACAGCAGCCUGGGGGUACGGGUUCUCUCACUCCCCAGACUAGGCCACAGCAGCCUGGGGGUACGGGUUCUCUCACUCCCCAGACUAGGCCACAGCAGCCUGGGGGUACGGGUUCUCUCACUCCCCAGACUAGGCCACAGCAGCCUGGGGGUACGGGUUCUCUCACUCCUCAGACUAGGCCUCAACAGCCUGGGAGUACGGGUUCUCUCGUCCCUGACACCAGGCCUCAGACUCCCACACACACUCACUCUGGAGGACCAGUCACUGUCCUGCCGACUGGGGAUCGCUCCUCUGUGACUCGGUCCCAGACCAGCCGGACGCCGGUGGCCAGGCCAGAUAUAUCAGGGGUCAGACCGCUGCCUGUUCCAGUCACUUCCCGACCAGCAGUACCAAGGCCAGAUUCUAGAGUGUGUGAUUCCAGGCCGGGCAUUUGUGGAGCUGGACGCUGCAUUGACCAGCCCGGUGGACGGCAUACGUGUGUGUGUGACCCAGGCUACCAGUACAAUCCCGCCAGGCUGCAGUGCCAAGAUCUGAAUGAGUGUGUGUUGACUCCUCGGCCCUGUGGCGCUGGGCAGUGUGAGAACACCGCGGGCAGCUUCCGCUGCGUGUGCCCAGCUGGGUACCGCGCCAACCCCCAGGAGAACCUGUGCCAGGAGGUGGACGAGUGCCGACAGGUGCCCAACCCGUGCGUUAACGGCCGCUGUGAGAACACACCUGGAAGCUACAGGUGUUCAUGUUUCCUUGGAUACUCCCUCUACGGAGACACCUGUAAAGACAUUGAUGAGUGUGUCGACCCGCUGCUCUGUCCCGGCCAGGAGUGUGUGAACUCCCUGGGCUCAUUCAGAUGUGUGUCCUGCAAGCCCGGCUUCGGUCUGCUCAAUGGACAGUGCACAGAUAUUGAUGAGUGUCGUCAGACACCCAGCCCCUGUUCUAAUGGCCACUGUGAGAACACACCAGGUAGCUUCAGGUGUGCUUGCCGCACAGGGUACAGGCUACAGGGCAACAUCUGCACAGAUGUGAAUGAGUGUGAUAGCCCUGUGCAGUGCCCUGGACAGGAGUGUGUAAACACACCAGGCUCCUUCAGGUGCAUGUCAUGCAGACCAGGAUUCAAGAUACAGGGAGGACAGUGCACAGAUAUUGAUGAGUGUGGUCAGAGCCCCAACCCCUGUUCUAAUGGCCGCUGUGAGAACAUACCUGGGAGCUACAGGUGUGUGUGCCGCAAUGGCUACAGGCUACAGGGCAACACCUGCACAGAUGUGAACGAGUGUAACAGGACUCCGACUCCAUGCGCUAACGGUGUGUGUGAGAACACACCUGGCAGCUACAGGUGUGUGUCCUGCAGGACUGGCUAUGAGCUGGUCAACGGACAGUGCUCAGAUCUGAACGAGUGUAACAGGACUCCGACUCCUUGCACUAACGGUGUGUGUGAGAACACACCUGGCAGCUACAGGUGUGUGUCCUGCAGGACUGGCUACGAGGUGGUCAACGGACAGUGCUCAGAUGUGAACGAGUGUAACAGGACUCCGACUCCUUGUGCUAACGGUAUGUGUGAGAACACACCUGGCAGCUACAGGUGUGUGUCCUGCAGGACUGGCUACGAGUUGGUCAAUGGACAGUGCUCAGAUGUGAACGAGUGUAACAGGACUCCGUCGCCGUGCGCAAACGGUGUGUGUGAGAACACACCUGGCAGCUACAGGUGUGCGUCCUGCCGGCCGGGCUAUGAGAUGGUGAAUGGACAAUGUUCAGAUGUGAAUGAGUGUGUGCGUACACCGUCUCUCUGUGCUAACGGGCGUUGUGAGAACACCCCCGGCAGUUUCAGGUGUGUGUGUCGCCCAGGAUUCCGUCUGGAGGGAGACACUUGCACAGAUGUGGACGAGUGUGAGAACGCCCUGCAGUGUCCAGGUAGAGAGUGUGUGAACUCGGUGGGCUCCUUCAGGUGUGUGUCCUGUAGGCCCGGCUUCAGCCCACAGAACGGACAGUGCCAAGACGUGGAUGAGUGCAGUCAGACUCCGAGCCCCUGCUCUAACGGUGUGUGUGAGAACACCGCGGGCAGUUACCAGUGCCGCUGCCGAGUGGGCUUCACACUGCAAGGCAGCGAUUGCAAAGACAUAGAUGAGUGCGAGAAUCCUCUGCGUUGUCUUGGACAGCAGUGUGUGAACUCGGAGGGUUCCUUUAGGUGUGUGGCGUGUCGGACUGGAUACCGCAUGCUGGAUAGAAAAUGCUCCGACAUAGAUGAGUGUGACAGUCCUCAGACCUGCGAAGAUGAGAGUGUGUGUGUGAACACAGACGGCUCAUAUCGCUGUGACUGCAAGCCAGGAUACAGGGCCUCAGGACUUGGGCGGCAGUGUAGAGACAUUAAUGAGUGUUUUGAGGGAGAGUACUGCUUCCCACGGGGAGAGUGUGUGAACACUGAGGGAUCCUACAGGUGUGUGUGUGCUCUAGGGUACCGCACCAGCACCAACGGCAGCUCCUGUCUGGAUGAAGAUGAGUGUGCCAGGCCGGGCGUGUGUGAGGACGGCCGCUGUGUGAACACUGAAGGCUCCUUCCAGUGCCAGUGCCAAACAGGCUUCAGCACCAACCCCGAAAAGACCGCCUGUCUGGAUGUGGAUGAGUGUGUGGACUCUGGCGGGGCAGUGUGUGGCUCACGGCGUUGUGAGAACACCAUCGGCUCGUACCGCUGUUUCAGCUCCUGUGACCCUGGCUAUAGGGCCACUGCCACAGGCCUGUGUGUGGACAUAAAUGAGUGUGCCAACGAGACUGUGUGUGGGGAGCAUGCCUUCUGCCAGAACCUAAUUGGCACCUACCACUGCAUGUGUGACCAGGGCUAUGAGAUCACCGAGGAUGGCAAGGGCUGUGUGGAUGAGAAUGAGUGUGAGAAUAUGCAGGGUGUGUGUGGAGCAGCGCUCUGUGAGAACGUUGAGGGCUCCUUCCUGUGUGAGUGCCCCAACCCUGGAGAGGAGUACAACCCACACACUCGCCAGUGUGUCGGCCGCACACUGCAAGGCCGACCAUCAGUCCCCGGCACCUCCUCUUCAUCGUCCUCCUCCUCCUCUUCCUCCUCCUCGUCCACCUCCACCUCGGUCCGAGAUCCCCCUCCGCGUGCAGGCGGUGCGGGCGGUGUGCGGUGGAGCGCUGGCCCCGUAUGGCGCCACCAACACCACACACAGCAGGAGUGCUGCUGCACCGCUGGACACAGCUGGGGCCGUGCCUGCCAGGCCAACCCCUGCCCCGAGCCCGGCACAGCUGAAUUCCAGGCUCUGUGUCCGAGUGGGAGGGGGUAUGUCACUACAGGACCAGCUGACCAGAGUGCCUUCAGCUAUAGAGAUGUGGACGAGUGCAAGCUGUUUGACUCAGAAGUGUGUAAGAACGGCAAGUGUGUGAACAACAUCCCAGGCUACUCAUGCUACUGCUCCAGUGGCUACUACUACCACACCGGCAUCCUGGAGUGUGUAGAUAAUGAUGAGUGUGUAGGGGAGGAGGAUCCGUGUCCAGGUGCGAUCUGUGUUAACACAGUGGGCUCCUACCACUGUACCUGUGAACCGCCACUCGUGCUGGACGACACACAGACCACCUGUGUCAACGCCACUGGCCUGGCUGUCGAUGAGAACCUGGCGUUCUGCUGGCAGCAUGUUACCACUGACCUGGUGUGCCAGAGCCCCCUGCUGGACAGUCAGGUGACCUUCACCGAGUGCUGCUGUCUGUAUGGAGAGGCCUGGGGACUGCAGUGUGCCCUCUGCCCUGCCAGAGACUCAGAUGCGUUUGAGUCCCUGUGUAAUAUCCUGCGCCCGCCCUCGUUCCUGCCGGACUCCUACCCUGAUGCGUUCGUGCCCAUCCCCAGACCCGUCCCCAUCCCCAGGCCCGUGCCCAUCCCAGGCUCCCGGCUCCCUUACGGGCCCUACGGACCAGAACCCUACCCAGACCCGUCCCGCCGCCAGCCCGACUACGGCCCGCCGGACUACGACGACUACGGACCCGUGACAGGGAGGAGGGGCGGGCUGAGGGAGAGACCCCCAGGGUCCUACGGCCCCCCGGAUACCCCGUACACACGUCCCGGAACUGGCCGUUACUAUGACGAGGGCCCCUUUGACCCUCGCUACGCGCCUCCUGAGGGGGCCCCCAGAUCUCCGUUUGGGGUGGGGGACCCGCGGCGUGAGCGAGCGUUCGGGGUGCGCCUGCCCCCGCAGUCCAUCCCCGAGGGGCUCCCCCUCAGCCUGGCACCGCUGCCGGACAACUCGCCCUACCGCGAGGAGGAAGAGGAGGAGGAGGAAGAAGACACCUGGAGGCCCGCACCCCCCUUCCCUCCGUACGGGAGCCGAAGGGGUGUAGUGGAGCCCCCUCGGCGAGUCUACGAACGGCGCUACGAGUCAUAUGAGGGUUUGAGUGCAGAUGAGUGUGGGAUUGUCCACGGCUGUGAGAACGGCAGGUGUAUCCGCAUCGCCGAGGGUUACACAUGUGACUGCUACGAUGGCUACCAGCUCGACAUGACAACUAUGGCUUGCAUAGAUAUAAAUGAGUGUGACGAGGCGGACACUCCCGACUGUGUGAAUGGGCAGUGUGUGAACACAGAGGGCUCGUACCGCUGCGUGUGUUUGAGGGGUUUCUCCAUAUCCCACCAGGCCAAUGUCUGCGUCCCUGCUUAGACCUGCCGCCCUCCAGUAUCCCACAAUCCCAUGCUCCUGCACCGAGGGGCAGGGAUCCAGGGGAACCCCAUUUGACAUCAUUUACUGACACUGGGGAGUGUGUGUGAGAGAGAAUGGUUGUGUUUCUUCAUGCAUUUUAUUUUCUGUGUGUUUGUGUGUGUGUGUGUGUGUGUGUGUGUGUGUGUUUAUGUUUGUAUGUUCA